UGCUCUCGUGCCAACGGCGAAAGGGAAAAUGUCGGCGCGCUGUCGAUGGGGCUUGCCGUGCCGUCAGUGACUGCUCCCAGUGUGACACGUAACAACGAUCGCGACCCUCGGCGACCUUAACUGUCAAAAUUUGGCCUGCAAAGCGUGCUGAUACGCCCCGGUCGGUGCGUACCUCGAUUUGACUCGAGAGAGAAAGAGAGAGAGAGAGCGAGAACAAGAGAGAUCGGCUGAGAGAGGGAGAGAGAGAGAAAGAGAGAGGGACGUAGAGCAGGUGCAAGACUACCAUCGUCGUGUAGAGGUCCCCGCGCAAGGGAAGAGCCAGACAGAGUGGAGGAGAGAGAGAAGGCAUACGGAGAAUAGUGACAUGGCGUCGUUGGCGGUAUCGAUAGCAAAGAAUGAGUUCAUCGUGGGUGGCAAGUACAGAUUGAUGAGGAAGAUCGGCUCGGGCUCCUUCGGAGACAUCUACCUCGGCAUCAACAUCUCCAAUGGCGAGGAAGUCGCAGUUAAGUUGGAAAAUAUGCGAGCCCGGCAUCCGCAGCUUUUAUAUGAGUCAAAGCUAUACAAAAUAUUACAUGGUGGCAUAGGAAUACCGCAUAUACGUUGGUAUGGACAAGAACGUGAAUAUAACGUUCUUGUCAUGGAUCUUCUUGGACCAUCUUUGGAAGACCUUUUCACUUUUUGUUCAAGAAGGUUUACGAUUAAAACAGUUCUAAUGUUGGCAGAUCAAAUGAUUGGUAGGAUUGAAUAUGUUCACUGCAAACACUUUAUCCACAGAGAUAUAAAACCAGAUAAUUUUUUAAUGGGGAUUGGGCGACAUUGUAAUAAGCUGUUCCUCAUCGAUUUCGGAUUGGCUAAAAAGUACAGGGACAGUCGCACAAGAUUGCAUAUAAUAUACCGCGAAGAUAAAAAUUUAACGGGUACUGCAAGGUAUGCAUCUAUUAAUGCACACCUUGGAAUUGAACAAAGUCGUCGCGAUGACAUGGAGUCACUCGGCUACGUUCUUAUGUAUUUUAAUCGCGGAUCAUUACCUUGGCAAGGUCUCAAAGCUGCAACAAAGAAGCAAAAAUAUGAAAAAAUUAGUGAGAAAAAAAUGUCUACGCCAGUAGAAGUCUUAUGCAAGGGAUUUCCCGCCGAAUUUGCAAUGUAUUUGAAUUAUACGCGGGGCUUACGUUUCGAAGAAAGUCCUGAUUAUAUGUAUCUACGCCAACUAUUCCGCAUACUUUUCCGUACAUUGAAUCAUCAAUACGAUUUUACAUUCGAUUGGACAAUGUUGAAGCAAAAAGUAGCGAGUGGUACUGUUGGUAGCGGAGUAUCAGCAGCUCCAGGUCUCUCUCAAGGUGCUCAAGGUGCUCAAGGGCAAGGACAAGGUCAAGGUCAAGCACCUACUCAGGCCAAUGCUCAAUCAGGAGCGCGCUAAGACUAUAACUCCUCAUUGUAGCAACAGUCUUGAUCGCGAUCACUAAAGUGUUUCAAACGAGGUACCGAACUUCUUACAAAAAUUCUCAUUCAGGGAGUCAUAUCAGUCAAUACUCUAAUUUCGCAAUGAGAGAACGCAAUUAUGUGAUUAGAAAUGCAACAUUUGCGUAUACGCGAUAAGAAGAUAAACGUAAUUACUUAGGCUACACAUGAGAUGUUUGUUGCGUAAUAUCUGCAACUUAGAGUUUCGGUUGAUUGGACUCUUUGGAUUUGGAAAUGCGAGUGAGAGACCAGUCAGCCAGAGAGUGGCUUGUUCUUAUUUUGUUAUUACGUAUUUAAUUUACCGUUGGUAAUCAUUAAAAAAUAAAAAUUUUGAGAUGCCCUGAAAAGGAAGGAUCUUUCUAAAAAAGUGCACGUGAUAGUAUAAUAUCGGAGGUAUAGCGAAUGGUUUUUAUCAUAAAAUCAUUAUCAUAAUUUUCAUGGAGAGAAAGAGAGAACACAUCCAAACGAUUCUCGGAAUCUGCGGAACGUGUCUCGUGAAAACUUUUACAUCUAAAAAGAAGAAAUGUAAGAAUUUUUUUGUUUUUCAUUUUUUUAUUUUUGAGUAUGAGUUGCACUGCACUGUUGGGCGAACUGACAUCUUGCUUCCUAAAUUUCAUUUUGUCUUCAAUACAUAGCGCGAGCAUACUAGCGUACGUAGAAUGUUGAGAAAGUGUUAAUAUUUUUCUUAUCAAAGAUGGUGUGUCAAUAGUAUCAAAGAUGUCAGGGAGUAUCUUUGAUGCGUUUAAUUGAAAUAACUUUUUUUUAUAUGAAUAAACACACAAUGAUGUCUCCCUCUCCCCUCCCUCAUAUAAUAUUGACAGAUAAUGAUAAAGAUACCUUAAUGUUAAGGCAACAAUCUAACUUUUAAGUAUGUACUGAAUACUAUAUCGAGUAACGAAUUUUACUCCAUCGAGAAACGAACAAACGACUAACGAUUCUGUCAUAGAAAUAUCCCUCGAAUUCACUCUCUUUCUGUCUGUGAAUUGUGAAUAUGUUUAUCAUGAAGCAUAAAAUUACCGCCGAAGAGAAAAGGAAACUUUGUGAAUAGUGAGAAAUAGUUACAGGCUCACUUUUAUCUAGAUAAUAUAUAAAGGUUUAUUUCUCGUUCGAAAAAGUAUUCCUGUAACUGAGGCUCUCUAGCUGGAUAAUUCUUCCGUAUAUAUAUAGUUAUAUAUAUAGUUUUAAUAGCUGAGACUGUGCAGUAGCUGUUUCACGUGCUGUUGCUUCAAGAUUAAGUUUGAUAUUUUGUAUACACACAUUAAAGGACUUCAUUAUACUUCAUGACCAACAAGCGUUCUUCGUAAACAUAUUACAUACUUAAAGAAACGCCAUCACAAACAGUCAAAAUCUCGAUAUCGACGAUUAUUAGGGAGCUCUAUCAUUUCUAUCUUAUUUAAGAUCUUAAUUGCAUUAAUUAGCUGCUAAACUCCUCACGUCCAUAUUAUGCGAACGUUAGUUCCAAACAAGCUGUUUACGAUCAUAUACUUUAAUAAGUAAUAAUAUUAGCAUGUAUCACACAUGUCCCCGUCGUGGAAGGUACUACCAGUCGUCCGGUCAGCCUUAAGUACGAACUGCGAAGAUGAAUUAAAAUUGUAAAUCUUAUCAUAAUUUAAAGAAGCGGAUUACAUGCUGCGCCUGGACAGUUCUUUUUUUUUUUCUUUCGAAAACAUGAAAAGAUGUAAUCAAUAACCAUCCUCUCGAUUUAUGAGAAUGCGUGGUUUAAUUAUUAUUAAAGAGAAUAAAUGAAAGUGUAAAAGUGUGCAUCAUCAUGCUGUGAAUGAAUGGGCGAAUAAGUUAACGAAAUAACUAACGAUAUAUGCACUUAAUUAAAUACUAUCCGCUGUGUGUAUGUGUGUAUGCAUAUACAUAUAUAAGAUAUAUCACAAAAUGUAUAUAUGUAUAUACAUAAUACACACAUAUACAUGUCUGUAUAUAUAAUAAAAUUGUGACAGUAUAAUUAAGGCAUACCUUAUUUCAUAAAUAUUUGAGGAAUACAUCAACGGUUUACUGCUCCUUUUAUCUCUAUAAAUAAAAAAAAACUGGAAUAUUGUACUAUAAAUAUUUCUGUUUCAUCAAAAAAUGUGUGUGUUAAUCUUAGUAAUAAUUUAUGAUUGCCUGUUGCGUAUGAUAUAUAUAGCAACAGUGAAAGUGUAUAUGAUGUUUGGUCAAGGUAAAUAGCGUGGGUAUGCUCUAUAAAGACCACGCUACUUUCUAUUGUUGUGAUACCAUCACCAUUUAGGGUGUAUAUUUACAAAGAACACACUUAUGUAAAUAUUUUUAGACCAUAUAUUUGACAAUUCUUAAAGACAUAUAUUAUAUAUAUAUAAUACGAAAAAAAGAAGCCACGGAGGCACAUGAUUUCUCCUCUUGAAUUGUUAAUACUAAUAUAACAUUGCGUUUAUAAACGUGAAUGAACACUGGAGAGAGAGCCUCCCAGUCGCGAUGCACCGGUCAUCGCGCUGUAGCCCAUCAAAAAUAAAUAAACAUUGCACAAGUGCAAAGUACGAA